AUGUCAGCUGUUCAUACGCGAAGCCUUCUCCAAUUUCCCGCAGGCGAUAACUCAACCGACACAUUCAUUAAUGGCGUGCAUUACAAUCGAACAACCCUUGACUUGUUCAGCUACCAGCUGUAUUCGAACGAUACGAUCUCGAACGGUUCCAACUGCUUCCUUGUCUUCGACAUUUACCACCCUUCGUUGCUGCCAAACGGCUCAUGGAUAAAUGGAACAUCAUGUUACACCCCAUACUAUGGCAUAAGGACAAGAGGAUCAUUGAGCAUCGCAUUCGGAACUGCGUUUGGAAUAACACUGGUGUUCACGUUGGUAAACCUUCGCAAACAUGGACGCAUGUAUCUUCGGGAAGACAAGAGAUUUAAGAUUAUAGGAAGACGUUGGCAGUGGUAUUGGAUGAUCUUUGUCGCGGUAUGCGGACUCGUCAGCUGCUUCACAGGCAUUGAUGUUGAGCGCUUCUACCUUCAAAGUUUACCAAUCGUGCUCCAAAGCUUCUUUUUCGCAUUGAUGCUUCCUGGGAUGCUGGCAGCUGUAUGGGAGGCAGUCAGGCACUGGGGCUCGUUCUCGGAAAGACGAGUGAGCGAGCGGGACCCAUAUCUCCUCAUAGACGAUGAUAGACGAGCUAAGACUGAGUUCUACUUUCCCUUGGUGUUCUAUGUCUUUGCUUGGCUAAGCUUCUUCCUGGUAAUUCCACGGAGUUGGGGCAAGCUGCAGCAACAACGAUCGCCUGAACAGCAAGCCGAAAUAGCUGCGCCAAAUGCAACAAACAUCAGGCUCAAGAUCGGUGGCAUAAUAGCAGCUGUCGCUUGGUCUGUGAUUGUCUAUUCGCUCUUUCAUUCAGCGCGACACUACAGUACGCGUUCACAGAACCGCAUCCCACUCAAGCUUGUUGCUGCCCUUGUCGUACUGGCCAUCAGGAUAGCAUAUUCGACUGCUUCGGCCUACGUAUGGGACAUCGGUAUCUCCAAGUUCGAUGGCGAUCCGGCAUGGCCAUUCGCGCUAGGCUAUGGCAGCUCUCUCUUACUGCUUGUCAUCCUCGAGAUAGCUGGGCUCAGAGACGAAAACGAGGACAAAGUGAUCAUACAAUUGCGCCGAGAAAUGGGACGUGCCGUAGAUGCUGAGCUUGGAUACAAAGCGAAACCUUCUUGGUGGAACAAAGCUGCUGCGUCCAUGCAUCUGAAUCACGAUGAUAGACUAAAAGCUAUCACUCGUGAAGCACCAGUUGAUAGACAGACUCAUUCAGAUCUGUUUGAGGAUGUUGAAAUGCAUGCCUUUGAUCCGCCUUCGGAGAAUGGGUCGCAAUCUGCUGACCAUCCGGACCCGUUCAGAGAUCCGAGCCUCACUGGUAGUGUCACACCAUCGCAUGAGGCGACGCAUAUGAUGCGAUCAUCAUCGAGACCUCGAGGUGUGGCGUCAAUAGAAACGAUGGAUAGCGCUAGUACCUCUAUCUCGGAGACCACAGGGAUGACUGGACAGACUCUUGAUAACGAUGCUCAACCUAAGAGGGAAUAUCGAAGUAUGUUGGACAUAUGA